CAGACAGACAGAUAGACAGACAGGCAAGCAUUGGCCCCUGCUAUCGACGAUCACACGAGGGUCGUGGCCGUGACGAGACUCGAAGUUCGAACACAGCGCGCUCUUUUCAACCUCAGCGGGCUUGAGACACCAGCGUGGGGUCCGGCAGACCGCAAUUACAUACAUUAGGCAUUUCUGUUCCGUUCUUUUCUGGUGGAAAAGCCGUGGGCCGUGCACGACGGUGUCCGUCUUGGAGCCUCGACGACGACCAAAAGCAAGUGAUCUGCUGGCCACUCCCUCGAUGCAAACGACUUGUAAUCGACAGGCUCUACUGACCAGCGCACAUCCACGAAAGGCGCAAGCGUCAUUACAGACUACGAAUAUAGUUGCUACAAGUCAGCGUUCGUGACAGUUAAGGCCGAACAGUAAAUGGGGGGGGGGGGGGGGGGGUCACAUCACAGUUAGAAGCUUCGAAUCAGCUCCUUUUUCGUUAGACGACUCAUGUUGGGCUGUGUGUACAGUACAGAAUAAUAGUAACCUGUAACCCAGUAGUGACGUUGCCCUUCCAGGCUCAAAAAUAAACGUGGCCAGACUAUGCACGUUCGGUGACCGAGAGGGCUCAGUCGUCAGAAAGAGACCAAGUGCGCAAGGGACGCCAACGCUGAGUCCGACGUAGCGCCCAGAACCAUGCGGGCCAUGUCCUUCCAAGACUUGUUCGUCAAGCCUGUGGAGCCUGCGCGUCUACCGCCGGCCACGUCGCUGCUGUCGCCCAGUUCGACCUUCGACGGGCUCGGCAGCUCGACGCCCAAGGGCUCGAUCGACUUCAUCCUGGACGACGCCAGUCACGCGGCCGUUAAGAUGGAGCCGCACCUCGUGCCGGGAGCACAACACGAAGCGGAUACGGAGUUGCGACUGGCCACACCCACGUCGGCCAAACGCAAGGCGCAGAGCGACGCUGUUGACGCCACGGCGCCUAAACGCAAGAAGAGAAAAGCUCGUAUCUGCAAGGAGCCUGACUGUGAUAAGUACGUCGUGGAUCACGGCCUGUGCAUCCGACACGGGGGCGGCAAGCGCUGCAACGUCGAGGGCUGCAAUUGCCGUGCGCAGAACCGAGGACUCUGCUGGAAGCACGGCGGCUACACCAUCUGCAAGGUGGAAGGCUGCUCCAAGCGCGCCAAGUCGCGCGGCAUUUGCUGGUCGCACGGCGGAGGCACACGUUGCAAGUUCGAAGGGUGUUCCAAGAUCGCAGUGUCACUAGGACGUUGCUGGGCGCACGGAGGAGGUGAGCUCCGACCCGACGGUUGGUUGACUGUCGGUCUUCUGACUUCUCCAUUGUCACACGUAGGCAAACGAUGCUCCAUCGAGACGUGCCGGAAGCCUGCGUCCGAGCGGACCAACAACUUCUGCACGGACCACUACGCCUGGAUCAGCCAGCACGACGAGAACGCCGCUGCAGUCACGGACGAGCGGCAAUUCCUGGCCCAGCUGACGCAGUAGGCACCGACCCGUCAGUUCAUCUCCCCGCCCACGUGUAGUGCAUCCAGUGGCAAAGGGCAAACUUCAUGUUGUACACCAUAUCAUCGUUUAAGAGAGGGUUCAGUGGCGACUAGCGUGGGUGACGUGCCGCUGCUGGACUUUUUCGAAAAAUAAUCUUCACUUUGUUGAAAGCGCGAAUAGCUCCGCGCCUUCCACACGGGUUGAAGAACGCACCAGCGCUAGAAUGGAUGGAGAACUGUAGCUACAAGUUUUAGAAAGUGGUGGAUCUAAGCUGCUAGCAGGCAAUCAAGGCCGAAACAGGGCGGCGACGCGGUACAACAUUAUUGUGAUUACUUUUUGGAAUUAACGUGGGAGCGUAUGAGACAGGGAUAGGGCAUAAGAUUAUAUUUUCUUUGCGACUACGACUAGAAAAAUGAAAACAGCAAUUUGAGUUUUUC